AUGAAUGAUUUAUCUUAUCAAUAUCAAGAACCAUAUAAAAUUAUUUCAACAAAUGCUCGAUUAAAACGUGAUCAAUCAUCUUGGUUCUAUCCUGAAAUUGAUAAAGAUCAAAUUUCAUGUGGACAAAAUGUUUAUGUUAAAUUAUUUCAAUGUUUAGAUAUAAAAGAUUGCAAAGCUUUUUCAUCAUGUUUUGAUUCGCUUCAUUGUCCAUUAAGUGUUAAAUCAUAUGGAAGUUUAAUUCUUAAUUUACUUCGUUUACUUGGUAUUGAUAAAUGUAAUAUCGAUGAUCAACAUCAAUUAUGUCCACAUGAAAAACGAUCAAUCAUUACGAAAAAAUUAUUUACAUAUUGGUCUCAUAAUAAAGAUGAUAAUUAUUGCCAUACUAUAUCAGACUUUAUGAAUGAAGUGAAAAAAGAAGUUCAAUAUCAAUGUCCAAUAAAUGUCAAACAAGUUCAAAUAUUUCUUGAGAAUUAUUCAUGUCCACCAUCGAAAGAUACAAUAAUAAGUUCCGUUACUAUGAAAAGUAAAGAUGAAAUACAUAUGCCAAGUGUUGAAGGUAUAUUAUCUACACCUUCAACAAUAUUAUCAUCACACUUUGCUUAUAUUGAUGAAACUAAUGAUUUUAAAUUUCUUGAUUCAAAUAAAAGUCUAUUUAAUACUUCAGAACAAACUGUUUAUAUUAAUGAUCAUCAUUAUUAUAAUGUUUCAUAUGUUGUUCGAAAUACGGAAGGUAUACCAAUGAAUUUUGUACAUGAUAAUGAUCAAUUUAUUCGUAUUCAUGCACUUUCAAAUCGACAUCGAUCAGCAUUUGGAAUUGGUUUAAAAUUUGGUUUUCCGUUUUAUGGUCAUGUUAUAUAUAAAAUUUUGGUUGCUACUGGAGGUUUUAUUUAUACGGGUGAUCUACUUCAUUCGGCAUUAAUUGGUAGUACACAAUACAUUGCACCAUUUAUGGCAAAUUUUGAUGCGUCACUUGGUGAUAAUGAAACUGAAAUAAGUUAUUAUGAUAAUGGUACACAUUUUGUAUGUACAUGGACUAAAGUUUAUUUACAAGAUCAGCAAGAUGCUGGUCCAUUUACAUUUCAAGCUAUUUUACAAAAUACUGGAAAUAUUUAUUUUAAUUAUUUACAAAUACCAAAUGUAAAAAUUUCGAGUUCAAAUCAUGCUCAUCGUAUUGGUCUUUCGGAUGCAUAUUUAUCACAACAUUCAACUAAUGAACAUAUUGUACGAGUUAUAACACUUUAUGAUAAAAUUAAUUUAGAUAAAGAAAAAAUUCAUAAUGGAGUUUCAAUUGUUUUUGAUAUGGAUCAAACUUGUAAUACAUUUACUGAUUGUGCAUCAUGUUUGGCUAAUCGUGGUAAACGAUAUAAUUGUUCAUGGUGUAAUGAUAUACAAAAAUGUUCUGAUGGUUAUGAUCGUUCACGUCAACAAUGGAUUCGAUCACAAUGUCAUCGCUUAGCAUCUGAUAAUACAUGUUCAAAUAGUAUGGAAGAUAUCGAUGAUGACACUCAUUUUCCAUCAUCAUCACCACCCAUAAUUCAUUUUGAAAAUCGAAAAGAAUCUUUGACUGCACCAUCUCGACAUUAUUCAACAUUUCGUACAAUUGUUGUUACACUUUUAUUAUCUGUUCUUAUUCUUUCUCUUGUUACACUUGCUGUUACAUAUGGUUAUGCUUAUCGUAAUCCAACAUCAUCCGCUGGUAUGUGGCUUCUUGAACAUCGUCCAUCAAAUUAUAUUGCUCGUUUCAAACGUUUUACUGGUUCAAAUUAA